AUGCCUCCUCGCGCACGCGGCAGCACCAGCCGCGGUAAUACCCAGCCAGCACGAGGUGCGCCCGCCCGCGGUGGCGGACCAGCUCGUGGUGGACGGGGUGGUACAGCUAUCGCCCUUGGGGGCGCUGCCGGUCAGCCAGGGCUCCCCGUGACGCACGUCGCCGCCGUCGGCAUCAAGCGAACGGCCUUCGGUCGCGCUGGGAAACCUCUCAGGAUACUCACGAAUCAUUUCCCCGUAACAGAGCCCAGCGGAACGGUGCGCCACUACGAUGAAAUUUCGCCGAGCAACAAGAUAUUGCCCGUCCCAUUCAAUCGCAAAAUAAUCAAGGCGAUGCAAGACGGACAUCCUGAGAUGUUCAAGCCUCAGGGUUCCUACGACGGCAGGAAGAACUUGUAUACCAUGCACGAUCUUCCCUUCGGCAACGAUGAUCAGGGUAACCCGGUUUUAUCGAGAAUUUUCGAAGUUUAUCUGCCGGAUGAUGCUCCGCGUGGCAAGGAGCAGAAGCCAAAGCGUCCUUUCCGGGUCAAACUAACAAGGGUCGCGCUGAUCAAUCUCGAGCCGUUGGUACGGUUCCUUGAAGGCAAGAAAACGUACGAUCCCGACAUGCAGACGGGCAUCAACGCGCUCGAUAUCGCGAUCCACAUGGCUCCCAGUUUGCUGUACCCGACCAAUGGCCGGUCAUUCUUCACAAGCCAGGAGACUCGGAAUAUCGGUGGUGGCAUGGAGUUGUGGCGCGGCUAUUUCCAGUCGAUCAGGCCGGCGAUUGGUCGUAUGCUCGUGAACGUCGAUAUUUCUACGGGAAUGAUGUUCAAGCCCGGCAGGUUGUUCGACCUCUGUAUCGACCAUCUCGGCCUGAAGCCCGGGGAUUACGCGGCUCUGUCUCCAGCCAGAGGCAUGCCCGACUCGAAGCGUCUUCAGCUCCGGCACUUCCUGAUGGGAGUGCGCGUACAGGUUGAGGUUGAUACCAGCGGACGACCGAUAGGCGAUGCCCGGCCCAUCAGUGGCCUAAGCUUGGCGGGCGCCUCCCAAGAGAUGUUCGAGAUGCGCAGCGAGCAAGGAGGGCAGAUGAUUUCCGUUGCUGAAUACUACCGCCGUUACAAGAAUCGGACACUACAGUUCCCUCAGGUGCUUUGUGUUCGGCUUGGGCGGGCGUUGAUCCCAAUGGAGCUGUGCUACGUCCCUCCAGGGCAGGUUAUGAAGCGGCAGAUGCCCCAGGACAAGGCGAAUGAUGUCGUUCAGUUCGCGACCAUGAAACCUCCUGAGCGCCUCGCGAGCAUCAGGCGCGGACUGACUAUAUUGAACUACGGGCAGAGCCAGUAUAUCGCCAGCUUUGGCCUGCAGGUCUCUGAGGCGCCGGUCCAGAUGACGGCCCGCCAGCUGGCCCCUCCGAGGAUGAGAUAUGCUCCCGGAAGCCGCGAGCCUAUGAUUACUCCCAAGGGUGGAGCGUGGAACAUGGUCGACAAGAAGUUCUGGAAUCCCGCAACCAUCAAGUACUGGGCGGUGGUCAUCUUCGAACGCCCGAACCGCUUCCGAGAAGAUAAUGCUGCAAGCACCGUAAGGGGCUUGAUCGAAGCCGCGACUGCGUGUGGCAUGGUGGUGCAUGACAAAAAUCCCUUGGUUGACUACGCCAAUGGACAAGGAAAUAUCCACCAACAAUUAUUGCAGAUCGGGAUCAAAAUUAAGCAGGCAAAGAAUGAAUUGCCUAACUUGAUCGUCUGUGUGAUGCCUGAUCAAAGCGCAGAUCUUUACUCUGCGAUUAAGCACUUCGGCGAUAUCACAACUGGCGUAGCCACGCAAUGCCUGAAAAGCUCGAAAUGCUUCAGAGCAAAUCAACAAUACUUCGCCAAUGUGUGUCUUAAGAUCAACGGCAAACUUGGCGGAGUGGACCGCGUACCAGAUCCGCAGUCGGUCCCUGCUUUGACUGACCCGGCCAAUCCCGCCAUCGUCAUGGGUGCCGAUACGAUGCACCCGGCGCCCGGGGCCACCGGACGACCGUCCUAUGCGUCGCUCGUAGCAAGCGUGGACUCUCAUGCGUGCAGGUACAUCGCUCAAUCGCGAGUGCAAGUGUCUCGACAGGAAAUGAUAGCUGAUCUCAAGGACAUGUGCAAACAUUCGCUGGACAUGUAUAUGAAGAGUCCGUACCGCUCCGCGGAGGAGAGAGCUCGCAAAAAAGCCCCGGCUAGACUGAUUUUCUACCGAGAUGGAGUGUCGGAGUCGCAGCUGCAGCAGGUGCUCGACAACGAGCUGACACAAAUUCAAGAGGCUUGUAAGGAGCUUGGGAUCGACCCGAAAAUUACUCUGUUUGUUGUUGGCAAGCGGCACCAUACCCGCUUGUUCCCGGAAGAUCCGCGAGACGCAGACCGGUCGGGGAACUGUCCCGCUGGAACCGUGGUCGACAAUGUGAUCACCCAUCCGGUGGAGUCCGACUUCUACCUCCUCAGUCACGGUGGUCUUCUCGGGACCUCGCGCCCCGCCCAUUAUAACCCUGUUUACGACUCGAAUAAUUUCACCGCGGACGAUAUUCAGGCGCUAACCUUUGCGCUCUGCCAUAACUAUGCUCGCGCAACACGCUCGGUGUCUAUUCCGGCCCCGGUCUACUACGCGGACAUAGUUUGUGCCCGCGCGAAGCAUCACUAUGCACCUGACGCCCAUCUUAACUACACUGAGACGAUGACUCAGUCUAGCGACCAAGCAGCAGCGACCCUGCGAAGUUUCACUGAUUUGUUCAAGCCAUUGCAUACUCAGACGUCACGAACCAUGUACUUCCUCUGA